GAUCCCCUUUUGUUUGUUGAUGUUUUGAUCAAUCAAAUGGAUCUCUUCUCUGCAGUUCACUGACUGCCUGCUUAUCGAGUAUUAAUUGACAAAUUUUGCUGCAGUUUUGCAGCCUCGUUCCGGCGGUGCUUUGUCUUGAUUAGGAGACAGAGCUUCCAAAUUUUGAAAAUAACUGAUAUCCGCUGGCAAAUAUGAGCAGCAACUACCUGGAUAAUUUAGCCAGUUCAAGAGAGAACUGGCUCAAUAAACUUGAGGGAUUGAACAUCAACCGCACAGACAUGAACAAACUUAUCAUGAACUACCUUGUCACUGAGGGGUUUAAGGAGGCUGCUGAAAAAUUCAAACAAGAGUCUGGUGUGGAGCCAACAGUCGAUUUGAACUCGCUAGACCACCGAAUUCGCGUUCGGGACGCCAUCCAAGCAGGAAACAUCCAGGCUGCCGUCGCCAUGGUCAACGAACUGCACCCUGAGCUGCUGGACAAUGACAGAUUCCUCUAUUUCCAUCUUCAGCAAUUGCAACUGAUCGAAUUGAUCAGGGCAGGACGCGUCGAGGAAGCGCUUGGUUAUGCCCAGGAGCACUUGUGUGAGGCUGCUGAAGAAGACAAAGCUGUUCUCUCUGAACUGGAGCGAACACUUGCCCUUCUCGGCUUUGAGCAGCCAGAACAAUGCCCUUUCAGUGAUUUGCUGCAGCCAGCACACAGGCAAAAGGUUGCCAGUGAACUGAACGCGGCGAUUUUGCGCAUGGAAGACCAAGAGGCAACCUCUCCCAAGCUGGCUGACUUGUUGAGGCUGAUUCUGUGGGCGCAGGAGGAGCUGGACAAGAAGAAAAUCAAGUAUCCAAAAAUGGUGGACCUGGCCGACGCUAAAAUAGACAAAGUGGACAUGUCUAAGUGACAAAUGAUCCACUCUCUGCUUGAUGCUUUCUAUUACGGCUAAGUAGAAUGGAUAUCUUGCAGGAGAAAACUCGAUACUUUAUUGGAGAUUACCUAACAUCUUACAAAACUGUCACAUUUUGCUACCUAUGGUAAUGAGUGCAAGAUUUUUGUAUAUAAACUUGAUGAAAAUUGUCACUUUUUUGUUUGUGAUAUAAAAUAGCUUGUAUGACUGAAUUCAACUAAAUAUUUAUGUUGAGUUAAACCAGAUCUAUGUUAAAUAAAAGGUUAUUUCAAAA